ACAGUGUGGCCUCAGCAGGCUGAGCCAGCACCAGUCUCGCCUGCAUGACGCCAUCACACACACACUCUCACAGCUGAUCUCAGGCGCUUCUGCAGCUUCUGUUAUUCUGGACACUCGGCACUGGGCGGCAAGACAAAUGUAAGUUGGGUGAAGAGAAGGAAUUCGAAAGUGGAGGACUUAAAGACUUAAAGACAAUAAGUGAGACACAGGGAGCUGCAGUUUGGAAGAAAGUGACUGAAAGCUGGCAGAAGUGAAUAUAGAUUGAUGUGCUUGAAAGGGAGACAGUGCAACUGGAGGUCAGUGGCAAAAAGUCUGAACAGAGGAGCAUUUUACCCAAAGUAAACGACGAAAGGAUUCAAGUUUGGUUGAAGAUUCCUGUCUAAAUCACCUUAACUGGACUGACUGGAAAGUCCAACAUUAAGGUCACCGCAUCCUCCCUUUUGGAAGCUGUUAUGAUGAUUCACAACACCCUCAAGUCCACUCAGCCAUCAGAAACCAGCCACAGGAGAACAAACUCAGCUGCUCAAAGAAAGCUGUGGCGAUACUCCGGCUGCAGAGGGGGCACCCAGGUGGAAACUCACCGACGAAGUGUGUGCGUGUUGACUGCUGACCUAAAUGGUGGAGAGGGUGGAGGGAGAGGUGGUGGUGGUGUGAUGCACACCAUCCACGGGUUGUGCCACCUUUGCAUCGGAUGCAGGCUGCCUCAGGUGACCAUCCUUCGAGGGAAGGAUGGAUAUGGAUUCACCAUCUGCUCAGAUUCCCCUGUGAGGGUGCAGGCUGUUGAUCCAGGGGGGCCAGCGGACCAGGCUGGUCUACAGCAGCUGGAUACCCUCCUGCAGUUAAAUGGUCAGCCAGUGGAGCAGUGGAAAUGUGUGGAUCUGGCCCAUGCAAUAAGAAACAGUGCCAAUGAAAUCACGGUGGUGGUAUGGCGCACCGGUCCCUCAGCUAAGCCUAGUUUUGAAGGCCUCAUCCAUCGGCCCUCUUACAAACCUUCAACCUCAAACUACGAUCCUCCCUCACCACCCACUCGCAGGCGGGCGCCAGAUGUUGGCCCGAGCAAACCUCCCCCAGCUGUUCCGCCUCUCCCAGCGCACCACCGCCCUACUGCGGCCCGCAGGUUACUAGUGAACGGCUCUGAAACUGGAAACAGUGUUGGUGUGGGCAGAGGGACACUAGCGUGGGGAGCCCACAUGGGGUCUGCUGAGGAACUGGAUGGAAAACCUCGUCUCCUCCAUCAUCCUCCAACGGCCACAUUAAAGGGAACCAGGGUGAAGGCAUCCAAUGGGGACAAUUACAUCAUCCUGGCACCCAUCAAUCCUGGAAGCCAGAUAUUGAGGCCGGUUUAUCCUGACAACCAGGGUACAUUAGGUUACAACAGACUAUACCCCACACGACAGACUUCUGGUCCAGAGAGUGGUAGUAGUGGUGGUGGGGCUUUUUCUGGGGGUGUUAAUGCAGGUGGCAGUGGUGGGGGAGGCUUCUCCAGCCGAACUGGGUUCCUAAGACGAUCUAACAACUCCAAGGCAUCAAAAGGGUCCUCCACCUCCAAUAAUACUAGCCUAUUUAAUUACCAGCAGCAAAAUGCCAAUUUUGCUAACUACCAGAACUGUACGAUAGUCCGCUCACAUACCCCACAUGCCAACUAUGGAUAUGUUAAAGUCGCACCGAAGAUCCUCAUCUUUCCUAUUUUUGUUCAGCCUCUUGACCUGUGCAGCCGUACCCUCAACAUAUCGGAAGAGAUGAUUCUACAUGAGAGCAAGCACCACUCUUUAAAGGUCACUGUGUUUGUCUACAAUGACUUGUUGCUCAUAACGAGAGAAAAUGAGCCUGGCAGAUGUAACGUCCUACAGAGUCCCCUGUACCUCAGACACCUCCGUCUGCAGGAUGAUUACACUGAUGGGAUGAGGUUCUAUCUGAUCCACAUGACUGAGAAGUGUGACUGUCUGCUCAGCCUAGAAGCCUAUUCAGCGGACCAGAAGCGCCGCGUGUGUCAGUGCCUGAAGGACAACAUUGACAAGCAGCUCCAGCUUCACAGAAGGGAGCCCGCCGUUCCGCACUUUGAACAGAUGUUGGAGCCAAAGGUGGAUGCCUCUUCUUGUGAGCUGGGCGGCCCAGAAGUAGAUAGAGAAAGUGUGGGCCUCCACAUGCCAAUGCACAGCCCAGAAGGUGAGGACAGCAGCCUGUAUCCCUCCAGCCCCUCAGAGCCUGCAACGCUUGGAAGUCCUCACCCUUCAGAGCCGCUCACGCCUUUGGAUGAGGUCUACACACCCCUUGGAGGUCUGUUGGGAUCUGGGGACCGACAUAAGGUUCCCCCCACUCCACCUCCUUCGACAGAAGGCGAGGAUUCAAAAAGCAUAGAGGGGCAUGAGAUGGACAUAUGGAAAGAGUGUAAAGAUGAAGAGGAAAAGAUGGCAAAAGAAGAGGAGGAGGAGGGGAGCAGCAAAAGAAGUGAGGAAGGAGAUAAAGAUGGAGAGGGAGACGAUAGAUGUGAAGAUGAGGCCAACUUAAAUCUUGUGGCUUCAAACACAGAUGAAGACAAUGUGUCUGAGCCACCUGACACCAAUGCCCCCCCUUCCUCCUCCUCUUCCUCGUUUGUCAUCCCUGAGUUGCGUCUCGAUCGCUCUUUCAGCGCCGAUGCCCUCUCCUCCCCCAACACAGACGAAGAAGAAUAUGACGACGAUGAAGAGGAAGAGUCUGACGAGGAGGAUGACGAAGAUGACAGCGACGAUGCUUACUUACAGCGAAGCGACAGCAAACGCCGUAGCAUGGUGGAGGGUGCCACGUGUGAAAAGCAUGGCGGAGGCCGGCUCAGUGUGCAAAAUUCCCUCCGACGCCGCACGCACAGUGAAGGCAGCCUCCUGCAGGAGCCCCGCACACCCUGCUUCACCUCUGACAAUGCCAUCAACUGUCUGGAGGCUGGCGGUGUGCACCACAAGGGUGGCUGGACGCUUCCAUCUCCCAAAACCUUGAAGAAAGAGCUGAUGAAGAACGGCGGCUCCAUGCACCAGCUGUGUAUGCUUUUCUCUGGGAGGAAGCUGAGUGCCGGAUCCCCCUGCAGCUGCGAGGUCAGCCCUGACGGCACAAAGAAGAAGAAGCCUAAGAACCUGGCCAAAGACAUGAAGAAUCGGCUGGCUUUCCUGCGGAGGAGGAAUGAGUCCCCAGGAAGCAACCCAGCCGGGAAGUUAGACAAAUCUAUGAAGUCAGUCAAGCCCACCCCAGAAGAAGCACUCAAAUGGGGGGACUCGCUUGACAAGCUGCUGACGCACAAAUAUGGUCUGGCAGCCUUCAGAGCUUUCCUGCGCACUGAGUUCAGCGAAGAGAAUCUGGAAUUUUGGCUCGCAUGCGAGGAAUACAAGAAAGUGAAGUCGCAGUCCAAGAUGGCCUCAAAAGCCAAGAAAAUCUUUGCUGAAUACAUCGCUAUACAGUCUUGUAAAGAGGUGAAUUUGGAUUCAUACACUAGAGAUCACACUAAGGACAACCUGCAGAAUGUGACGCGCUCCUGCUUUGACUUGGCUCAGAGGCGGAUAUACGGGCUGAUGGAAAAGGACUCAUACCCCCGCUUUCUGCGCUCGGAACUCUAUUUGGACUUAAUUAACCAAAAGAAGCCCAGCGCUACAUCGACAUCAUCCUCCUCAUAAGAGAGGAGGAGAGACAUAAGGAGAAAUUAAAGAGAACGACAGACAAAAAUGGGCAGACUUGAAAACAAAAAAACCAACGGUGGUUGGGAUGUGAGCUUCAUUGUUUGCCUUUUUGAUUUAAUCUUUAUGUGUGUAUGUAUGCCAUCCUGUUCAUUAGGAUUUUUGUUUUGGUGUGAGAGGAGAUAACGCAAAGUUAUGGCACUGCAAUGGAAUGUAGUUUAACAGAUGGAUGAGUGAUUGGAUGAAUGGAUGUUUAAAUUUCACAGAAGCCCACAAAAAAAGGGCUGGAGCAGGAAAUGGACGCAUGUCUGAUCACUGUUUCUGAUGUGCUUUUUUACGCUAAAGACACACACACACACACACAAAAGAUGCAUUAGCUCAUGUUUUUAUCCAGUUGUACUGGUUAAAAAAAGGGGGGUAGCUGACAUGAAGACAGUCCGGUACUGUUUUUGUCACUUUUUCCCUUCAUCUCCGAGCUUAAACCUCCUUCUUGCUUCUGCACAUUCUCUGUGAACUUCAUAGCUGUUGGUACGAUUAAAAGGUCAUUUUCUUUCCCGCUCUAUCAUAUCUUUGGAAAAUGGAGGGAAGAAAAACCAGGUGUUUGAAUCCUAAUAACUUUUCCAUUCACUCGAAGUUUCUAUGUAUGGAAUCAACUCUGCUUUUUCAAGACUAUUUCAAGACUGGACACGACAUCGGAGACGGAUUAGCAAAGAAGAAAGGUGGAGGAAACACAGUUGUGCUGAAACACCAAUGUGAGAACUUCUCCCAUCCAAGCACAAACAUGAAGCCUGAAUUGGACAAAGAAAAACAAAAACGACUUGCUUCCUGCCUCCAAAGACUCUUUACUAAAAGGAACUGAAAAUCCGGAAAACAAAACACAUCUCUUUUAACAUUGUAGCUCAUUCUGGACUAAUCAAGAAGCAUUCUCAGGACAUUGCUUUUAUAGGUAUCAGUUUGGUUGAUCUUCUUCACUGUUACUGGUUUUUCUAUACACACUUGUUAUACUUUUUUCCCUACAUGCUUAAGGGAUUCAAUCUGCACUCCCCUGUCCUACUGCGCUACGCACAAAGGUUGCUCAUUUCCUAGCUAGAGAAAAAAAGAAAUUUUAUGUGUACAAAGCUUUGCCUAUUUAUUUAGAUUAACUUGCUGGAUGCUUCUAAAGACACACUUUUACAUCCUUUAAAGCACUCCCCCUAAAGUGUUUUUCUUUUUUCCUAACCACCAAACAGGUCCAAUGCUGUCCUGAACUAUUAAGUGCAAUAUUUUUUGUAUUUUUUAUCUUAUUUUAUUAUCAUGUUUUAUUUUGUUCAUUUAUUUAGAUAAAUUCAAAUGUUAAAUGAUGACAGAUCAGCUUGAGCUCUGCAUUACCUUUUAUUUGUUAAGAGAAACAUACGUAGAGCUAUAAGGUUGACUUAACAUAAACUUAAAGAAGCAUAAGUAGUUAAGAUUUAAGUGACUGAUUCUGUGUGUUAACACCCCAGCAGCAGGCAGCUGGGGAAGUAAUGGUUGUAAAUAUAAUUCUUUAAGAAAAUAUGUGAUAACACAUUAAAAAAAUAAACAAAAAGAAACAAACUGGUCUCUGUUGGUAUGAGUAAGGGACCCAGAUGUAUCUAUGUAAAUACAAGAGACUCAAAACUAUAAGAUGACAUGUAUUGUUAAAAAUAGGUUAGAGCAGGUGCGAUCUGCUCUUCUUUUUUUUUUCCCGGUCAUACACUGCUUGUGAGGAGUUUUCUGAAAUGCAUUUUAUCAUUUUCACUGUUUACAAUUCGAAAUGCAUCUCCUAUGAUAGCAAGUGAAAACAGUAGAGUACAUUUGGUGUCAUUGCUAAUGAGAAAUAAACCAAACAACUA